UUCAUUGUGAGCAACUUUCUUUCUAAUUAGUGGGGUCAACGUACUAAAUGAGCAUAAAAUGGAUAAGAUUGAAGGCAGUGGCCAGUGCUAGCUGUCCCAAAGUACCAAUUCAUUUACAAUCUUUGAUACAUAUAUAACUAGCUAGCAAGCAGCAGUGCAUACGUACUGGUGAAAUAUUUCAUUAUGGAACCCGCUAUGGUCAUUGAUCAGAUGAACCCUUUUCUAUACAAAGCAGUGGUGAAAGGCAAAGUUGAAGAUUACCAUGAGGCCUUACGGCAGAUGCCGGAAGAUGCUCGCCGGCGUCAAGUUACGCCGAAGGGCAAUACUGUACUGCACAUUGCAGCAAUCCAUGGUCACAAAGAUUUGGUGAAAGAGAUCCUAAAAGAAGUAAAGGAUGAUGAUGCAGCCAUGUCCCUGUUGUUUGCCAAGAACAACAGAAAUGAAAGUGUGCUACACUGUGCAGCAGAGAAGGGCUAUGAUGACGUAGUGUCUGUCAUCUUCAGCGCCAUUAAGAAGCAUGAAGAUGUGGAAUCUGCAGGUGGUCGAGUGAGGGAGAUGAUAGAGAUGAGGGAUGAUGUGAAAGACACUGCUUUGCACAAGGCCGUGCGAAUGGGGCAUUUGGAGGUGGUCAAGUUACUGAUUCAAGAGGAUCCUCAAUUUGAAUACCUUGCCAACGAUGACGGAGAGACACCGAUUUACAUAGCAGCAGAGUUGCAAUUUCAUGGCUGCUUGGAGGAAAUGCUCAACACAUGCAAAAAUCCUACUUAUGGUGGACCGCUGGGUCGCAAUGCUCUCCACGCAGCUAUCUUAUCAGGUUUUGGCUACACUAAAAUAUCUAAGUCAGUAAAGAUUCUAUUUUGGGAGUAUCACAUUGAAAGUAGUUGUGAAGAGUUUGUCACAGAAUGCACAAAAUCACUGUUGGAAAAAAAGAUUUGUUUAUGCGAGGAAAUUGAUAUUUUUGGUUGGAUUCCACUACACUAUGCCGCAAAAAAUAACAAUGAUAAAGCUGCUCGCAUGAUACUUGAGAGAAAAACAUCUGCAGCUUACAUUCCUGCAAGGGGCAGUGACGACGACAAAACUAUGUGGACAACAACAUUCCACAUAGCAGCAAGGCAUAGUAAUGUUGAAAUGAUGAACGAGAUAUCAAAUAGGUGCCCAGAUUGCUGGGAGAUGCUGAAUAGCAAAGGGCAAAAUGUAUUGCAUGAAGCAAUGGGAGAUGCUGAAUAGCAAAGGGCAAAAUGUAUUGCAUGAAGCAAUACUGAGCAAGAAAGUGAAUGUGAUAGAACAUAUAGAAGAAAGCUCCGGCCAAUUUGAAAACCUUGUGACUCACAAAGAUGAGGAUGGCAACACACCGCUGCACCUGCUUGACAUUACUGACAGCAGAACUAUGGACUAUUUUAUAUUUGGGCGCCCUAUGCUGAAUUACUUUGCAUUCAAUAAGAAACACCAAUCCAUAUUUGGCAUGGCUUUUGCGUUUUUGACAGACAUGAGUAGAAAACGACUUCUACAUAGUAGAAAAUUUGCUUACCGCAUGAUACAAGAUCCAGAACACGGAGUAAAUAUUCCUACUGAGGAAAAGAUACUUGAAGCUAUGAUAGGAAAGGGUAAAACAAGCAUCGUUGUGGCAACAUUGAUAUUAACCAUGACCUUUGCGGCUGCUAUUGCAAUGCCAGGAGGAUACCACGAAGAAAAAGGGUACCCAUUAUUGUUACAAAAUGCAGCUUUUAAGGCCUUUAUUAUUACUAAUACUCUUUCUUUCCUAUGCUCUUUUUGCUCCAUUGCCGUUCACAUUGCGAUGAUGAGUGAAGCCUCACGUUACUCUAGGUGCUUUGAAACUGUGGCAAGGCUGAAAUAUUGGCAG